GACAGUCACUAGUUGUAUUUGUCAUUUCAAUAUUAUGUAAUAAAAAUAUUCUAAUUUUUUGUCAGUUUUUUUAAAUUUUCCCAAAUAAAAAUGUCUGCGGAAAAAAAUGCUAAAAAAGUUCACAUGGAAGGUGAUGAACAAGCCCAAGACAGUGCUGGACAAAAUGAACAACCAACAGAAGAAAUCAAAGAAAAUCAAAAUGAAGAAAAGCAAGAACUACAAACUGAAAAUAUAGUAAAAGUAGAAGAUUUAGUAAGCAUUGACACAGGGACCAAUCAGCUCGAAAGCAUAAAAGACAGUGACCAAAUCACCCAAAGUGAGCAAGCGGUUAUGGUACCAACAACAGAACCCCAAGAAACUGAAAUAAACGAAGAUUCUAUGGAAGCUAAACUAAUUCUAUUGCAUCAAUUUUCGAGCGAUUAUUUUCUGUACAAGCACAGUCCCUCUUUCAAAUGUUUCGAACAGACCUUAUGUUCACAAAGCGAUCUCCGAUUGACUUUACAUUUUUUUCCGCCUCUCACUGAUCCAGGGUUGGAUGAAGCUUUCAACUACAUACCACCUGAGGAAGAGCAUGAUCCUGACGGUGCCGACAAAUAUAUCAAUAUGUGCAAAGAUUUAGCCAUUGUGCCCAUUUCCCGCGUGAUAAGGUCACUGAAAACCGACACUUUAAAUUUAAAGUAUUACGGGCUAACAUUAAAACAAAUGAGAGGCAUAGCCGACGCGUUAAAGGUUAACAGUAACAUAAAAUAUUUAAUUUUCGAAGAUAAUUGGAUGUCACCAGAGGCAACAGCUCUCAUUGGUGAGGUUCUGCGUGAAAGUAACUCGAUUCGGUUUUUAAAUUUGAAAGAGUGUCGAAUUGGCGAAGAGGGAGCUGAAAAAUUAUGUGAAGGCAUAUCAUCAACGCAAUUCUUGCAAGAACUGGAUUUAAGUUAUAACAGUUUGGGCGAUAAAGGUUUGAAAAUACUUCAACCGAGUUUAAUUGAAAAUACAUCAAUCAAAAAGUUAAAUAUCAGUCACAAUAAUUUAACUGAAGAUUCGGGUAUGACUUUGGAGGCAAUUUUGUUAGAAAAUAAAUACCUGGAAGAGUUAGAUCUUUCCUGGAAUGGAUUUUAUACCGGUCCUGGGAAUAAAAAAUUAUGCAACGGUUUGGCUAAAAAUGAAUUGAUUAGGUGGUUAAAUCUAUCUUGGAAUGGAAUUGGCACAGGUCCUGCAAUGCGGCCCAUAACAAAAUACUUGAGGAAGACGCAAGUGUUACAGUUUAUAGAUUUGAGUUGGAACAGAAUAACACAGCGCAGUCUACUCUUAUUGAGAGCAGCUCUAAUACGAAACAAAUCAUUAAAUGGAAUUAAGUUAGGACAUAAUAUUUACACUCCUGACGAAGCUUACUUUCUUGCAUCUCUUUUUUCAAGAGUGAAAAACAAUAAUUUUACAUUUUUAGACAUGGAAGACAUGUGCGUAAAUAAAGAUUUUUUGCCGUUGAAGCGAAAAUUUCUAAGAGAAGGCAGACAAAUCACUCAUGGGCAUGUGUUAAGCAAUUAUGAAAUUUACGGUCCUGAUAUAAACAAGCUUCUCUUUCAACGAUGUCGCUAUUUAGCAAUGAAGCCAAAGAAAAAAAAGAAGAAGAAAGAUUUCGGACAUUUCGUAUUGUCGCUGCCUGAUAAAAAUGUGACACCACAAGAUUUCCAAGAAUUGUUGAAAAAGAAGAAAAUCAAAAAGAUUGAUAAAGAUUUACUCAAUGAACUAAUGGCAAGGUUUCAAGUCAAGAAUAAAAAAAUCGAUUCAAAUGCCAUGAAAGCGGCUUACAUGAAACUGUACCCUGAUACGGUACUACCUGAAGAAAAGAAGAAGAAGAAGAAGAAAAAGAAGAAGAAAGGCAAGAAACCGAAAAAGAAGGAAUAAUAUUUAUCACAUAAAUAAAAAAAUCAAAUCGUCUAUUUCAAUUACCUUUGGAAACAGAAGAGACAAUCUUAAGAGAAUAUAUCAUAGGUGAAGA